UGCUGCUGAAGUGACAAGGCGUGUUUUCAAUCUCUUCCCAGUUGGUUUCAGCCUUCGUGAUUUCACAUCGUCUUCUAAGCAAAAUGAGCGACGUUUACCAUAUUCCCGAUGCCGGAAAGAUUGAGGAGUUGAACAAUAUUGCAAAUAGAAUAAGAAUCAACAGCAUAAAAUGUACUUCGGCGAGUAAUUCUGGACAUCCGACAUCGUCGUCCAGCGCGGCGGAUCUUCUGUCAGUUUUGUUCUUCCAAACGAUGAAAUUUCACCCUCAUGAUCCCCGAAAUCCCUCUGAUGAUAGGUUUGUGAUGUCCAAAGGCCAUGCAUGUCCUGCUUUGUACUCUGCAUGGGUUGAAACUGGUCAUAUCACGGAAGAAGAAUUGAUGCAACUUAGAACAAUUGGAAGUGAUUUGGAAGGCCAUCCAACUCCAAGACUUGACUUUAUUGAUGUGGCAACUGGAUCAUUGGGUCAAGGCAUUAAUGCAGCUGCUGGUAUGGCAUAUGUGGGAAAGUACAUUGACAAAGCAAGCUACAGGGUUUAUUGUAUGCUGGGGGAUGGAGAAGUCGCAGAGGGGUCAGUGUGGGAAGCUAUGAUGUUCGGAAGUUAUUAUAAACUGGACAACUUCGUUACUAUAAUUGACGUAAACCGUCUUGGACAAAGCCAGGCUACAGCUCUGGGACAUGACAUGGAGACCUACAGAAAACGUGUCGAUGCUUUUGGUUGGAACGCGAUUGUCGUUGAUGGACACGACAUUCCAUCAAUAUGCAAGGCUUUUUAUGAUGCCGAAACCUGCAAAGGUAAACCAUCCUGCAUCAUCGCAAAAACUUUUAAAGGAAGAAACAUCCUUGGGCAGGAGAAUUUGGAAAACUUCCACGGGAAGCCUGUUCCUCCAGCUGAGAAAAGCAAGAUUCUGGAACAUCUUGAAUCUCUCAUCUCUGGACCUCCAACUGGAUUACAACCUCAAGCUCCAGUGGAUGAUGCACCAGCUGUUGAUAUAAGCAAUAUAAAGCUUUCUUCUCCUCCAAAUUACAAAAUUGGAGAUAAAGUUUCGAGCAGGAAAGGUUAUGGAAACGCAAUUGCUAAACUUGGAAAGAAUAAUGAGCGUGUUAUCGCACUUGAUGGUGAUGUUAAAAAUUCAACCUAUUCUAUCGAAUUCAAGAAAGCCUUCCCUGGUAGCGCAAAUUUCAUUGAGUGCUUCAUUGCCGAACAAAACUUGGUUGGCGCUGCAAUUGGAGCUGGCACUAGAGGGCGCACUGUUCCAUUCUGUAGUACAUUUUCCGCCUUUUACACCAGGGCUUUCGAUCAUAUCAGAAUGGGCGCAGUGUCACAAACCAAUGUCAACUUUGUUGGCACACAUUGCGGAGUUGCUAUUGGUGCUGAUGGACCUUCGCAAAUGGCUUUAGAAGAUAUAGCAAUGUUUAGAACAAUCCCUGGCUCAACCGUUUUCUACCCGAGCGAUGCCGUCUCGACUGAACGAUCAGCGGAGUUAGCUGCAAAUACAAGCGGAAUCUGUUUCAUUCGUGCAAGUCGUCAAGAUGACUAUGUCAUUUACGAAAACGACAGGGAAUUCAAAAUCGGGAGAGCAAAUAUUCUUCAACAAAGUGAAAAGGACACCGUCACUGUUGUUGGGGCUGGUGUUACUUUACACGAAGCUAUGAAAGCGUACGAGACCCUGAAAGGCAAAGGAAUCCAUAUCCGUGUUGUCGAUCCAUUCACCAUCAAACCUCUUGACAAGGCAACUAUAAGUGCAUGUGCAAAAGCGACUGACGGUCGUAUUAUUACUGUGGAAGACCACUACCCCGAAGGGGGUCUUGGGGGUGCAGUAGCAGAGGCACUAGCAGAUACCCGUGGAAUAAUUCUCAGGCGCCUCGCAGUAAAGGAGAUUCCCCGCAGUGGAAAACCGGCCGAGCUGCUGUCAAUGUUCGGAAUAGAUGCUGCUUCAAUUGUCAAAGCGGUACAAGAACUGUCAUCACAAUAAAACUUCAAAAUACUACUCGUCAACGUACAAUUAUGCAGAUAUGACACAUUUUCACUCAUUCGGAGAUCAAUGUAAACCCAAGUUUCAAGUAAUAGACAAUUAUCACCAAUUUCAUUUUACUAUCGCAGUGCCAUAUAUUAACUUUUGAAUCUCCAGUAUUUUGCCAGUAACGCCAUUAUCUGAUGUAUUAGACACCCAUCAUGGUACCACCCAAGUGCUUAAACAUGGUUUACCUACCUAUAUUUGUACAGUUUGUUAUACGGAAAGUCAGUCACUACAUUACAAAAUCAAUGCACCAAUGCUGAUUUAGUUGAUUAAUUAUCAUAUUAGCGAUGCAAUCAUGGCUUGUUUUCAAUCCCCCUAGUCUAUAUUUACAAAAUCAAUGCCAGUGUGAAAUUCAGUGUUUAGAAAAAUUUUGGUUUCAUGAUUCUCUAUUAGUUAUUUAGUUGAAUAAUUCUGCCAGUAAUUAUCAUAUUAGCAAUAUCUCAAAUAAACGAUGCAAUCAUGGCUUGUGUUCAA